AGCGAUAUGUACGAAUUGUUUUAUGGCGUCAUAAAGGUAUAGUUAACUUUACCUUUUACACGUUUCCAUGGUUCACAUUCGGCAGCAUCUCGCUGUUUGUCAACUCGUGUUUCUCUAUAAAUUCACCUAAUUGACUUCAUCUUCUCUUCAUCCUCUCACCUAAUAAUCCUCCAUCGCCCCUCUCUCUCUAUUUUCUCUCCUUUUGCAAAUCAAUAUGACUUAUAAGUUCACAACCAUUUUCAUCAUGGCUCUCCUCCUCUGCUCAACGCUAACUUACGCAGCCAGGCUGACUCCGAUGACGACCACCGCUUCUUCCAAAGAUAUCUCCGUUAAGGAAAUUGAAGAAGAUAAGGUUGAAGAAGAAAGCUGCAAAGGAAUUGGAGAAGAAGAGUGUUUGAUUAGACGAACCCUUGUUGCUCACACCGAUUACAUUUACACUCAGAAUCACAAGCACUGAUUUAUAAACUAGACAGAUUAAUUAACUAAUUACAACAUUAUCAGAAUUAUCACUGUAUUUUUUUUUUUUUGUCAACUAUCACUGUAUUUUCUGUUUUUUUUUAUUGCUACUUUUGUUGUUACUUUGAGAGUCAUAUACUUAUAUUAUUCACUCUCUUUGUAUGAUUAUGGAUUUAAAAAUAGCUUUCAUUGCUUUAUUUUUGUAAGGUUUAUAUUAAAAGUCACAACAAAGAUUUGAUUCCGUUUCAGAGUUUGGUUGUAACCACCAGCUGUAUUUUGUCUUAAGAUUAGACGAGUUGACUGAAAAAAAAAACAGUUGACUUUUCUUGUGAAGACCUACUUUUCAGGCACAGAGGUUUCUUACUGGGCCAAUAGAGUAUAAGAGUAUGUACGACACGUUAGUUAUGGGUACUUGGAUAGGAAUGGGCCUAGGCCCUCAAUCACACAUACAAAUUCACAGAUUUUUUUUUCGACAAUAAACUUCAUUAUCUUGAAACAAACUCAAUUCGCUAAAAAAAAAUUGUGCCAUUAAAGAAUCUCAAAAGACUGAUUUUUGUCCAAGUGUGGUUUCCUGUUUGUUAAUUAAUUACAAAGGUGUGAUGUUACAAUGCUUCUAGACACGAAUUCUUCAAGUCUUGGG